AGGACUCCAGGGCGGUCCGUUUUUUUUUUUUUUCUUUGAUUGUUGACUUUAUUAGAGAAGUUAAAUAGUGGUAUAAUUCACGAAAUUCUUUAAAACAAAACAAAAACACACAACCAAAGAUUAAAAACAAAUUAAAUGUCACAGAGUGUCUGUAAUUCGCGCGCGGCAUCAAACAAACAACAACAACAACAUCCCGGAUUUAUUCACCGGCGCUUAGCGUUUAUACUUGCAAACAAGUUGAACAAAUUGUUUGUGAGCUUCCAGAGGAUCCAUGUCGGACCGCAAUAAUGACUGAAUCACAAAGAAGUGCACGGAACUCAGCAGAUCUGAAAAACGAGGACGGCUAUGAAAUCUCUAUCCCAUUCGAAGACAACAGCACAGACCAGUCUGCGUUCUACAACCAGAACGACCACAUGUUUGACGAAAAUCCAUCAGGACAGACGGCUCCCUGCAACCCGUACCUGCUGAUUUCCAACCUUCGUGCCCAGCUGCAGAUCUCUCUGGAAAAGAACUCAUGGCUGCAGAAGCGCAUAGAGGACCUCGAGGAGGAACGAGACUUCCUGCGCUGCCAGCUCGACCGGUUCAUCUUCACCACCAAGAGUCAGGAGAAGAACGGUGAGGGUUGGAGAAAGGUGGGGAGAGACGACCAGGACACUCCAGAACUUCAGCCGGAGGUUUCCCAACAACAACAACCCGUGUCCCAGAAGACUGUCCAUCGCAGGCCUUUAACUCCAUCUCCGACACCCAUGAUGACUCGCUCUGGACAGACGCGCAGCCAGACCCUAAAGAGAAAAAAGAAAAAGAACAGCGUCCAAGAUGAAGAGGAGGAGGACGUUGUAGAGGAAGAGGAGUACAUAGAGGAGGACGGCUACCUCGAAGAGGAGGAGAUUGUGUCGAACGAUGACGACUCCGACAGCAAGAGCUGCAGAAAAAGCAGGUCGAAAAGCAGGUCGAACGGCGGACCGACACGCGUAAAAAGGACGAGAGUGUUCCGCAUAGCGCGUGGGAUGGAGAGACAGAGAGUCAAAGACCCUGCCGGAGUGCUUUUCCGCUACAAGAAGAUUCUCGUGACCUACCAGAAGCUGAAGAGCAUGUCCAGAGCGUUCCAGGUUCACGGGGUGGACCGGAACACCGUAGCCUCCACCACUCCCAUCGCCGAGUUGCUCCUUGUCGCUCCAGAGAAAGUGGAAGAUGUUGGUGAGUUCGAUUCCUCCAAGGAGAAGCUCUUGGACUACGCGCGGCGCUGCUACAAGGCCCUCGACGAGACCGCUCACGCCAAGGUGCAAGCGUUGAAGAAGAACAACCUUCUCCUGCCGAUCUCCUACAGAUUCAGGAACUAGCGCAGCACAAACUGUCUCGCAUGAAAACAUGCUGCAGGGUGUAACGGAAGAACUUGUGAGAACUGUGCUGUUUUUUUUUUUUUGUUGUUUGUUUGUUUUUUUUUCUACCUCAGCUGUUGGUUAUUAUUACGUUCCAGUAGUGUUGCUGGUGUUGGGAAUCGUGGUUAAGAUUCAUGAGGUCACUCCUUUUGUUGGUUUGUUGUUGGAGUCAGAGUCGGGGCAACCAAAGUGUUGGACGAGGCGGAAAUAUUUGAGGCAAGUGAAAAGAAAGAAGGGGGAUGGAACGGCUGAGAGCGACAUUUCAUAUAUUACCUUGUAAAGAAAAUCACUGUAUUUAAAGACUGUAUAUGUAUAUUUUUGUACUUAUCUUUUUUUGGUAGGUGGGGUGAACAACUAACGUCCUCACUUCCUCGCGAAUGUAACACUUAUUCCUCUGUUCAUUAACACCUUUAAUGUAGCUUCUUUAAUCAUGUAAACUCUCUCCUGAUUUAUGGUUAUGAUAAAAGAGAUUAAAGUGUAUUCUUGUUCUAAGUUUGGGGGAACAAAAAAAAAUGACCAGAGUUCAUUACCCUGAUAUUUAUUUUAAGAAACUUCAUCACUUUAGUCAUGUGUAGUUCAUAUAAAUAUAUAUAAAAAUCAAUAGACUGUUUUCACUUUCAGAUGGUGAGAAGGAUUUUUUUUUCCUCUAUAUGACUUCAUAUAACUGUACACUUUCCUGUAAACACCUGAGUACGAUUACCUAGAGCUCAGUCCAAAGAUACUUUCUGUAGUGAUUUAUAGUCGUCGUUAUACUCAGGGAUGUAGCCUGCUAACUCACCACAGUCCUCACCUGUCUGCCUUAUUAUAAUAUUGAGGUCUAAAUACACUGUGUAAUAAAUCCCA